AUGAACUCUAUGAGCCAGUUCCUGUGGCUUGACAUCACACUACCCCUCAACCGAACGAUCCGCCCUGGCUACUCUGGAUGCCACGGGCCAGCUUCGGCGCUUGUUUUCAGCUCCCUCUUUUCUAUGUUGCAUUUUGGGAAGACGGACCGACUCAACGAACAGUCCGCAUGCUGGGCUUACGCGAAAGCUGUACCACGACGCACUGGAAUCACCGAGCAGGCAGCCGGUUAUCGUACUCGGACCCUACGGACACCCUCUCAAUUUCUAUCGGUUCGGUACAAUCCUCUUCGUGGUGGAGGACAUUGGUUUUUUUCGAGCACUGUCGUACAUUGA